GUAAAAAACAUUUGGCAGGAUUUUUCCACAAAGGCUGUGACCUGUUUUCAGAGGCCAAAUGGAAUAAAAACAGUUUUAAAACAGGCAAACAUUUGCAGAAGAGCUUUUGAAGGAUUCUUAGCUGUUCUUCUAGCCAAAAAGUGAAUCAGAGGUGCUUCUAAGCUCCUCACUCAUUGUCCUGACAGUAAGUCAGAUUACAUUCCACUUUGCAUAAGUUACUGCUGUGCAAUAUUUACUUCACCCUCUCUUUCCAUGAACAGAAGAAAAUGAUUAAAAAAAAGAUAAGCGUGUAUCAACAAACUCAGGCCCUUUUAUACAAGAAUUUCCUUAAAAAAUGGAGAAUGAAAAAAGAGAGCUUAUCGGAAUGGAAAAUAACAUUGCUUCUUGGGCUAUAUUUUUGCAUCUUUUCGGGACUCUUCAGAGCGACCCAUCUUCCUGAACAGCCUCCUCAUGUCCUGGGACGUGUGGAUGAAUUUAAUGACUCUGAUCUGGUGGUGGCAUAUACCCCAGUCACUAACAUGACACAGAGGAUAAUCGAUAAGAUGCCUUCAGCUUCGUUUAUGAAAGGAAGAAAAACCAUUGGGGUUGCUGAUAAAGAAAUGAUGGAUACGGUACUUUUAGAAAGCCAUCAUGAAAUGGAGGGAGUUGUGUUUAACGAUACUUUUUCGUAUCAGCUGAAGUUGAAUUGGGCAUAUGGACUUUCAAUUGCAGAAGAACACUCUGAAUACUCAGAACACUGUUGGGAUAUGCAUGAUGACAUUUUUUGUUAUGUGACAAGAUACUGGCAAAAUGGGUCUGUGGCUUUUCAAACUGCGAUUAAUGCUGCAAUUAUAGAAGUAAGUGCCAAACUUAAGCGAUCUGCUUUAUAUCUUCGGUAUUUUCUAUCUGCUUUAUAUCUUCAGUAUAUCUUCAGUAUUUCCCUGUCUUCUUCUGCCUCGCCCCCACACUCUGAGGGGAUUGUUCUCUGCUUCUUAUUCCCAGAGAAAAAGAAGCUGACGGAUGGAAAUAUCCCCAACUUCCCGACGCAAAGCCUGUUCAACUACAGACCCGCUACUCACGACACCCAUCCUUUUCCUUCUACCUCCUCUCUAAUGUCUUUCCUCAAUUCACAGGCUGAAUCCUGUUCCUUCCAACAUUAUCAGGAAGGUUGCUCAAUGGGUUUUCCCUUCUGUCUCCUCUUUCUUCAACUUCCCCCUUUCUAUUCUGAACUAACAACUCGUUUCUACCGUAGGCUCUCCUGGGGAUUAAUGUAUGCAGGCUUCGUAUUUAUCCUGUCCUUUGCUAUGGCUCUGAUCAUAACACUGAGCAAAACUGUAGUGAUUGUUGGCUUCCUGGUGAUCGUCACACUCUUUGUCCUAUAUGGCCUGUCCUUGAUAGCAUUGGCUUUCCUCCUGAGCGUGUUGAUAAAGAAACCUGUCCUUACCGGUUUGGUCGGGUUUCUCUUCACUACAUUUUGGGGAUGUCUGGGAUUCACUGUAUUGUACAGACAACUUCCUUCAUCUCUGGGAUGGAUCUUAAGUCUUUUUAGCCCCUUUGCCUUCACUGCCGGAAUGGUUCAGAUUUCACACAUGGGUUAUUACCUGAUGGGCGUUACUUUUCCUGAUCCGUCUGGAGAGUCACACGUAAUGAUGGUUACUUUCUUCAUUUUGGCACUUGACGCUCUUUUCUAUCUGAUACUAAUGUUAUAUUUUGAGCAAGCUUUGCCUGAUGAAGGUGGCCACCCGUGUUCACCACUGUUUUUCCUAAAGUCUUCAUUUUGGUCCCAACAUCGAAACACCCAUCAUGAAGUCUUUGAGGACGAAAUCAAUCCCGAGCAUUACCCUGAUGACUCUUUUGAACCGGUGCCUCUGGAGUUCCAUGGAAAAGAAGCCAUAAGAAUCAGAAAUAUUAGAAAAGAAUACGAUGGAAAGCCUGAAAACGUAGAAGCAUUGCAAGGCAUAUUUCUUGACAUAUAUGAAGGACUAGUGACCGCAAUCCUUGGACAUAACGGCGCUGGUAAAUCGACACUGCUGAACAUUCUUAGUGGGUUGUCUGUUCCUACGAAAGGAUCAGCCACUAUUUAUAAUACCCAACUCUCUGAAAUAACAAACAUGGAAGAAACUAGAAUGAACAUUGGAUUUUGUCUACAAUUCAAUAUUCAAUUUGACUUUCUGACUGUGAGAGAAAACCUCAGGCUAUUUGCUAAAAUAAAAGGGAUUCAGUCCAAGGAAGUGGAACAAGAGGUGAAAAGAGUCAUAAUGGAAUUGGACAUACAAAACACGCAAGACAUUAUUGCUAAAAAAUUGACUGGUGGACAAAAGAGAAAACUGACACUUGGGAUUGCCCUUUUAGGAGAUCCUCAGGUUUUGCUGCUGGAUGAGCCAACUACUGGACUGGAUCCUUUUUCAAAGCACCAAGUUUGGAACCUCCUCAAGGAGCGGAAAACAAACCGUGUGAUCCUUUUUAGUACCCAGAUUAUGGAUGAGGCUGACAUCUUGGCUGAUAGGAAAGUGUUUCUGUCUAAUGGGAAGUUGAAAUGUGCAGGGUCAUCUUUGUUUCUGAAGCAAAAAUGGGGUAUUGGAUAUCAUUUAAGUUUACACAGGAAUGAAAUGUGUAAUCUGGAGAGCAUCACAUCCCUCAUCAGGCGGCACGUCCCUGAUGCCAAGUUAAGAGCAGAAAGUGAAGAAAAACUUGUGUAUCUUUUGCCCUUGGAAAGAACAAACAAGUUUCCAGAUCUUUACAGGGAUCUUGAAAAGUGUUCUAAUCAGGGCAUAAUGAAUUAUGAUGUUUCCAUGACAACUCUGAAUGAAGUCUUCUUGAAUCUAGAAGGCAAAUCAACAAUUGAUGAGCCAGAUGUUGGCAUUUGGAAACAGGAGAAAGUCAAUGAGACAAGGGAUGCUGGAACUGAGUCUGAAAUGCAACAGGCUCCUUGCUCUCUUCCUGGAUUGAGAAAGGCCAUCAGUACCAGAACUCUCUGGAGACGACAGGUGUGUGCAAUGGCAAGGCUUCGCUUCUUAAAGUUAAGGCAUGAGAGGAAACUUCUUUUGUCCUUGUUACUGUUACUUGGUAUUCCUUUAAUCCCUACCAUUUUUGUGAAGAUAGUGGUUGCGUUAUCUCAUUCCACUCAUUGUCGGGAGCUCUCAUCCAGUAUGUAUUUUCUUUCUGUGGAACAACCCUCACAGACUCCUCUUACCAGUCUAUUGGUCAUCAACAAUACAGGAUCAAAUAUUGAAGACUUUAUGCAGGCACUGAAGCGUCAGGAUAUACUUCUGGAAGUAGAUGAUUUUAGAAAUAGAAAUGGCUCCGAUGAUCCUUCCUACAAUGGAGCCAUCAUAGUGUCCGGUGACUGGAGGGAUUACAGAUUUUCAGUUGCGUGUAAUACCAAGAGAAUGACUUGUUUUCCUGUUCUUAUGGGAAUUGUUAGCAAUGCCCUUCUUGGAAUUUUUAACUUUACUGAACUUAUCAAAACAGAGAGAAGCACAUUUCCUUUUAAUGGCAUCUUAGUGGAAUUUGGUUUUGUGAAUGGCCCUUUAUUUUUGUUGGUCCUUGCAAACUGCCUUUCUCCUUACAUUGGCAUGAGCAGCCUCAGCGAUCGCAAAGUAAGAGGGGGUUCUCAGUUACGGAUUUCAGGCCUGUGUCCUUCGGCAUACUGGAUUGGACAGGCUCUGGUGGACAUUCCAUUAUACUGCUCGAUUCUUCUUUCAGUGUAUUUAAUUCACUGCCUCACGGUUUUGGAAGUCAGAUUCCCACUGGUGCUCAUGUUUGCUCUUGUGGUUUGCAUAGUUGGUUGUGCAGCUUCUCUUAUAUUCUUCACGUAGGUGAUUUCAUUCAUCUUUCGCAAGAGAAGAAAAAAUAAUGGCCUUUGGUGUCUCGGGUUUCUUAUUAUUUCAAUAUUUUUACUCAUCAUCCAAUCAUCAGCCAAACCUGAAGACCCCAGUUUAAUUCUAUGCAUGAUUUCAAUACCUUUCUACACUUUAAUUAGAUUUUUCAUACUUUUUAUGGAGGUAUUUUAUGUGUAUGUGAGAAACUCGGAAAGUGUGAAUGAUGAAAUAAAGGAAGGCAAUCAGAGCAUUCUCUUAACAAUCUUAAUACCAUACCUUCAGAGUAUCAUUUUCCUUUUUGUCAUAAAGUGUCUAGAAAUGAAGUAUGGACAAAAAACAAUGAGGAAAGAACCAGUCUUCAGGAUCUCAAGAAGUAGGGAAAAUCAUCCAAACCCAGAAGAGCCAGAAGAAGAAGAUGAGAAUGGCCAAGCUGCAAGAGCGAGAACAGCAAAUGCACUCACUACUCUGAACCCGGAUGAGAAACCACUCGUAGUGGCAAGCUGUUUACACAAGGCAUAUAAAGAGAAAAAGGAACAUUGCUUUUCAACAAGAAAGAAGAAAAUAGCUAUUAGAAACAUCUCAUUCUGCAUUAACAAAGGUGAAGUGUUGGGGUUGCUGGGACACAAUGGAGCCGGUAAAAGCACUUCUAUUAAAAUGGUAACAGGAGACACAAAGCCAACUGCAGGAACGGUGGUUUUAGAAGGCUACAGAACAUCUCCAAGGCAACCGGAAGAUGACACCGUCAAGUUCUUGGGGUACUGUCCUCAGGAGAACUCACUGUGGCCCGGUCUUACGGGGAAAGACCACCUGGAGCUGUAGGCAGCAGUGAAAGGAAUGAGCAAACAGGAGGCUGCUCUGAGUACUUCUCGAUUGGUGGAAGCUUUCAAGCUCUAGGAACAACUUAAAGUGCCCGUGAAGGACUUACCCCAAGAAGGAAAGAGGAAGCUGUGCUUUGCACUGAGCAUCCUGGGAGACCCAUCGGUGGUGCUUCUGGAUGAGCCAUCCACAGGGGUGGACCCCGAGGGGCAACAGCAAAUGUGGCAGGCAAUUCAGACCAUUGUUAAAAACACAGAGAAGGGUGUUCUCCUGACCACCCACUCCAUGGCGGAGGCUGAGGCUGUGUGUGACCGCGUGGCCAUCAUGGUGUCCGGAAAACUGAGGUGUAUUGGUUCCAUUCAAAAUCUGAAAAGCAAGUUUGGUAAAGAUUAUAUUCUAGAAGUAAAAAUAAAGGACCCCACUCAGGUGGAACCUGUCCACACGGAGAUUCUGAAGCUUUUUCCGCAGGCUGCUUGGCAGGAAAGAUAUUCCUCCAUGAUGGCAUAUAAACUACCUGUGGAAGCCGUUCGCCCUCUGUCUCAGGCCUUUUUCAAAUUAGAGGCAGUGAAACAGACCUUCGACCUGGAAGAAUACAGCCUCUCUCAGGCUACCUUGGAACAGGUAUUCUUAGAACUCUCUAAAGAACAGGAGCUGGGAAAUCUUGAUGAUGAAGUUGAUACAACAGUUAGAUGGAAACUCCUCGCACAAGAAGAGCCUUAAAACCCCGAGUCUCCUAAUGUUAGGUUUUAGGUCCUACUACAUUAUUAGUUUCCAGAAUUCUAGAACGAUCUGCCAUAUUACCACAGGUAACAAACAAACAAACAAAAACAUUCAGUAGUUUAAACAAGCAAUAAUGAUUAAGAAUUUAAAUGGCUUUCAACAUUCUAGAAUGGAGGGGAGAAGCAAAGAUAGGGAAGGAUAGUGAGUGUAACAUAAUCAGACAUUAUACUAAUCACUAGUAAGACCUAUUUUGUGCUCAAUAUUAAUUCAAAAAUCAUAAUGUUAGUCCACUUUUUUAUUAUUUCCAAUAAGGCUGGAUGCUGAACACAUUUUAUGAAUAAAACGUUGUAUUUUUGAACCUGAACUUUAAAUAUAUCAGCUCUUUUUAAAGCAUUAUUUACUCAGAUACCAACUUAAUGUAAUAUUGACCAUAAGAUGAUCUAAUAAGUUGGUGGAUAAAAUGACACAGUAUAACCUUUAGAUAUAAUUAAAUUUUCUGAUUAUAACAUAAGGAUAUGUUCAUGUAAGGAUAUAUAGAAAUUAUAUCGAUGAAGAUAAUAGUAAUCUAUAGUAAAACACCAGCAUAAAUAUUUUAGCUACCUAUCAUCAAUGCUCUUUUCAUGAGUACCUUCUCAAAGUUGACAUCAGUGGGCAGGGUGAUUUCCUAUGUUUUUCCACUUCACGGUUCAUGAACAUUUCCCGUAUCAUUGUAAUGCCUUUGGGUUAUGAAAUGGCUGCAUUGGAUCCCUUUGAUGUACUGUCAUGGUUUUACUUAACUUUUUUUACUAUUAUCUGACAUUUUUGGUUACAUGCUAGUUUAUCUUUUAUAAAUAAAGCUGUGACGAACUUC